AUGUCCGAUAUUUCGGAAUUCAAUAGUAACAAUCCCAGUAAUAACAACAAUAGUGCUAAUAGACGCCCUUAUUGGUGUCAUCAAUGUCAGCGGGAAAUAGAGCCUUUACUGGCUCCAUUACCUACUUGUCCGCGAUGUAAUAGCGAUUUUGUGGAAGAGAUUGAUGAAAGUAAUGAUCCAAGAGAAUUUGCAGAACAUAAUACUCAAGAACACGAAACAGAUGAUGAAUUUGAAGAUUUUGGUCCUAAUUUGAAUGCUACUCCUGGCGGAGCCGGAUCAAAUGAUGUAGUGCAAUUAUUAUCGAACAUGAUACAAUCAAUUUUUGGCCCAAAUGCUCCACUUCACGUAGAGACAAGGACUUAUGGAGAUAAUGGUAACACUACAACCACAACUACAACAGAUCAACCACAAGGAAAUACUCGUCCUAAUAUAUUUUUCACAAUGAGAGCAAAUGGAGGACAAGAAGGUGGUGGUGACGCGCGAAUUAACGCUCCAAUGAUUAUUACCCAAGUGUUGCAACGAGCAUUUGGCGAAGGUGCACAGCAGGGGGCUAAUAAUCCUUGGACAAAUGUAUUCAAUAUGGUUGGUGAUCCACGGGAUUACGUUUGGGGUCCAGGUGGAUUAGACAACAUAAUCUCACAGUUAAUGGAACAACAAGCUGGAAGACAAGCGCCACCUCCAGCUUCCGAAGAAAUGAUAAAUGGUUUACCGAAGACAAAAAUAAGUAAAAAACAGGAGGUGGAGGAACAAUUGAAUUGCCCAGUAUGCAAAGACGACUUUAAGGAAGGUGAAGAAGCCACAGCCUUACCAUGUAAUCACUCUUUUCAUGACGAAUGUAUCAGACCUUGGCUAAAAAUGAACGGAACUUGCCCGGUGUGUAGGAAUGGAAGUAAUGGUAACUUUAAUACCGGUAGUUUUAACGGUAACUUUAAUGGGAAUCAAACAUCAUCUUCACAAUCUCAUACAAAUUGGAAUUUGCCAGGAACAUAUCCGUCUACUCCACAACAAAAUGCACAACAAAAUAGGCAACAAGAUGAACGCGAUUCUGCUUAUGAUCCGAAUAACAUCGAACCAUUUGAUUGA